AAAUAAAUGCAAAUAUUAUUAACAUGAAGAAGAAACAACGAUAACGGUCAGUUAGUUAUUAAUCGUAUACAUAAACUCAUCAUAAGUAGUUCCCUUAUCGUAAUUUAGUGCGUUCUUCCUAUUUUGAUAACCCACACUGUGAAUAGUUGGACUGAAAACUGAAUUUUAGUUUUUUUCCAUUGAUUCAGAAGACAUGUUGAAAACUAACAUGAUAAAAGAAAUCUGCAUUCUAUUGAUAGUAACGAGCCUGGUGAAAAAGACGGUACCAGCCUUAGUAGGACAGAGCGACAUACCAAAAUGCUCCUACGGAGACAGAGGAUCCCUAACUGCGACAUGCGUUAAUGCUUAUCCAAACUACUUCAGAAGCACUACUUAUAGAUUUGAUCAGCUAGACGAAACUGUAUUGUGCUUAAACUGCACUCUAACAACUAUAGAUACCGGCAAUUUCGACAUAUCAGGCAAUCAAAUAAGAAACUUGUGGUUAAAUAACAGUCGCAUCGAAAGGAUCAGUCCAAAAGGAUUUAUGGGAUUGAUAUUUUUAGAAAGAUUAUAUUUAAGUUAUAAUAAAAUCAAAUCAAUCGUUCCGACCACUUUUUCGGGAGUGAAAAAAAUCAAAUAUAUAGAUUUAUCCCAUAAUCAAAUAGAGCUAUUAGUAAACGACGGGUUUCUUGAAUUACAUAGUUUAGAAGAACUAAACUUGGAAAGUAACUUGAUUCAAACUAUAUCUGUAAGCGCAUUCAACGGUUUAACAAUUAUAAAAACAAUUAAUCUCGGAGAUAAUAGAAUAAGCGACGUAAAUGGAGUUUUCGGUAAUAUGACCUCAUUAAAUAUACUCAAUUUGCAAUAUAAUCGUAUAACUACGUUAAAAGGAGACGAAUUUUUGAAUUUAACUGGAUUGCUGGAAUUGAAUUUAGCUAACAACAAUUUAAAGAAUGUCGUUUUGGAAUUGGAGCCUAACAAUGUAUUAAAAAACCUCUACUUACAGAAUAAUCUUAUAGAAGUGUUGGCAGCUAAAUUCUUGAAAGGAUUACACAAUUUAGAAAACCUUGAUUUGAGCAACAAUCUCAUAUUUGAUAUAAGUAUAAGAACAUGGGAGAAGUUAUUUCAAUUACGUCGGCUUAACGUAUCAUACAACCAUAUCGGAUUAUUACAAACCGGAACUUUCGCGGGAUUACCUCAAUUGGAGUUAUUAAAUUGUUCUCAUAAUAAUAUAACAGAAAUUAAAAUCACCGGAGUGUUUUCGUUGCACAGUUUACAUGCGCUAGACGUUUCAUAUAAUCAAUUAACCGAUUUCGAUUACGUUGGAUUGAUCUCCAGGCUUCCGAGGCUCUCAUUUCUAAACCUAGAAGAUAAUAAGCUACCUUGUCCUUUGGAAGACGAAAUGGCUAGGUAUUUCGAAGAAGACAAUUUCAAAUAUAUUCUGUAUAACGAAAAAGUUGGAUCCUUUAAAUGCGUGGACGUGCCGACGAAAAGUUCUCUAAAAAAUAUUACCGAACCGGUGAUCGCUACGGCUGAAUAUAUGCCAUCUAGAAUAUCCGGAGCUGAAGUUACUAUUAUUGUAUUGAUGUGUGUUGUGUUUGUGUGUAUAGGAUUCUUGUUUUAUAUGCAGUAUAGUACUUACCAACAUAUGUAUUCAAACCGACCUAGUAGAGCUAUGUCAUCCGCUCGAUUGGUAUCUUCCGAAAUCGACAACGGCGACGACAGUUAUUUGCAAGGAUAAAACCAAUUCCGUUUCGACUUAUUUUAGAAAUUUGUGAUACAACAAUUUGUUUGUGAAAAAUGAAAUUAAUAAAUAUUUUAUUUUUUUUUUUUUAUCUUACUCGCUUACUGUAUAAACAAAUCCCGUCAUUCUUUAUUAGUUUUUAAAUUUGCUCUAAUAACGCUAUGAUAUACGCAGAAUGUUUCAAAACAUAAAAAAUUCCGUAUUUACAACUAUAUCGACUUUGUCUUACUUUCAUGCAAGUUGCAGUUCUACGGAAUUUUUUUUUCUUUCGAAUUAACAACCCAACUGUUAGUCAAAUCAAUUCUUUCAUCUUCUGUGGUGAUAGAUAGAUAAAAAGUUUACUGACUCACUGUUCUAAUUAUAAUAUCUUCUUAUUCUUUCUUUCAUAAUCGGUCUAACGCCUUUUUCUUCUUCGAUUUCUUUUCUCAUCUUGACUCUAGGUUAUUCGGGCGGAUGUAAUUUGGGCGCUAAAGGAUUGAUGUACUUUUUACAACAUGUAAACUAGGCGCCAAGACCGAAGGGUCAUGUAUUUUGGGCGCUAAUCGACUGAAGUACAUGAUUUAUGAAAUACAGUUAUUUAUUAAAUCACCGACAUUUAUAAUAAGAUAUAUUUUUGUAUUUUUAGAUUUUCCUAUAAGAGUAAUGACCUAUUAUCACUUAAGGUCUGAAAAAAUUUACCGUUAGAGGGGGAUACUUUGCACUUUUUUUAAACGAAAAAUCUGCCCUUAAUAAAGUUUCCUCACAACAUUUUUGUAACACUCUACAGAAUAAAGUAAAUUUUAUAUUUCUUUAUAUUUUUAUUUAGUGCUUAAGUACAUAUUACAUGUAAAAUAAGAGAUUUACAUAACCUAACCUAACCUAACCUAACUUAACCUACUUAAAAAUCAAUCAACUUUCCCUCUAUUGGGCGAAAAUAAAUGUCGGAUUAUCUACCCUUCUUGGUCAGACAGGUAAAGAAGGAUGGUUAGCGCCCAAAUUACACCCGCCGAGGUUAUUCGUGAUCAACAUCUGCUCCGUGUUCCAAUUGGAGAUUUAUCCUUAUUCGAUUUAUAUGUUGGUUUUAUUGUUUUUUAUGUUGUUUCCCCUUCUAUUGUAUAAAAGCAAUAUUUCAAAAGAAAAGACUUGCCAGAGUUUUUAUUCAUUAUUUAAUAAAUGUAUUAUACAAUGUAAAAUGCAACUUGCUGUUUAAUGUCGUUUUGAAUCCAAAUUUUGAAGGUAUAAUAUUCUCAAAAUCCUAUCAGACGAAGCUAAAUACUCAGGAAUCAUAAUAGAGUCAAAACUUUCGUGGAGAAAACAACGUGAAAAGCAAUUGACUCUUUCUACACCUGUAGAAGUCUUUUUGGGAGAAAAUUGGACUGAAACCAAAGGUAAUAUAUUGGUUGCAUAUACAAGUAAUCAUGGAAAAAGAAACAAACAAAAAGAAUCUCACAAAAAUAUACAGAAUAGCAGCACUGGGAGUCACCAAAAACACAGUGAAGUACUGAACAAGAAGCACUGGACGUACUGGAAUUGGAGGAAAAAGAAGGAUCUAUCAGAUAUGAUCAAAAAAACGGACUUCGAGGAAAGGAUAAAAAAAAUUCCUACAAGAGAAGAAUAGAAUGAAAAAUCCGUCAUAAAAGAUAAUGAAAUCUCAAUAUUCACUGAUGGCUCGGCGACAAAAUAUAGAGCAGAAGUCGUGUUUUCUAUUGUUAGUGUGUCUGGAUCAAUAUUUCCUAUUCAUAUACAAUAAAAACAUUGAAUUUGACCCUGGAUGAAAAUGGACUUUCAUAAUAGUUAUUUACAAGCCAAUGUCUACAAAUUUUGUACAUUUUUUGAGACAAUAAAUCAUUUCUUGUUGUUGUUCUUAAUCCCGUAUAAAAGUAUUUCUUAAAUUGAAUGAAAGUUUAUCGUAUUUCAUGAAUAUUUUUUCAAAGAAAUGUGAAUAAUCAUUUUUAUAUCUUAAAUAUAACGAUCCUUACGGAAUUUGAUAGAGUCGAGAGGUUAGCUCUGAAAUGGAAUGCUGAAUUAGUCCGAACUGGUAUGAAUUAAGUUUCAGGACGGGUUUUUUAACUUCCUACUAACUAUUAUUCACCGAAUAAUCAAAUAUUCGGUGUCUUCACCUUCUAAUAAAGUAAACCUCCGAGUAAAUCAAGUUAUUUGCCAAAUAAUUUAUUAGACAGUCACAAGUGUCAAUUAAAGAGUUUAGUAGAAACUUAACUAUUAAUAUCCAUCAAAAAUGGUUUGGAAUAUUCAUCAUACAAAUAAUUAAAUAUUUAAUAUGGAUUCUUUUCAAGAUUUAGAAGACAACACUUUGUCACAAAUACUUUGUUUAUUUCUUUCCUUAUUCAAUACAUGGACGAUUGCUAUGUAGGCAUCUUUCACAGUGUUACCAACAGUUGACUAUUUUUUUAAACCAACUAGGGUAAAUAAACGGUAAACAUUUAUUUGACAUUUAAAAGUUGGUACUAAAGUUAUGCGGGUAAUAAUUACUUGUCCUAAGUAUUAAGUAUUAUUGAUUCCAGUGGUAGAGAAUGUUUCAGCGUAAUAAAUAAGAUAAAUUCUAUCAAAAAUCAGAAUUUUUGCUACUUAUGCAUGGAAAUUUCAAAACAACAACAUCAGCGAUUACUCCUCAAGAUCAUGUUGUAAGCUCUUUAUCGUAGCGCUUAAAAACAACAUUUUUCAUUUUUUUGGAGAAUAAUUGAGCAAACAUCGUAUAACCUGUAUGUCUUCUAGCCUCUUUCCUGAAAAUAUUUCGAAUUUUUUAAUAAAAUCUCGAUUAUUUUUGUAUUUUUCAGAUCCUCCUGGCAUCAGGAAUCCUAUGUGUGACAAUUGUAUCGACUUUAGGCUAUUCAAAACCGAUGGAUUGCAAGUACGGAGAAAGAGGAUCCUUAACUGCGAUCUGUUACAACGCUAGUUCCUUUUAUUUUAGAAUAACGAACUAUCGAUUUGAUUAUUUAGAUGAAACUUUGGAAUGCGUUAACUGUAAUUUAACGUCUCUCGAACAAGGUACAUUCGAUAUUCCAGGAAACGAAAUAAAAAACUUGGACAUAAGAAAUAGUUUCAUAAGGAAAAUAUGGCCGAAAGCCUUCAUAGGAAUGAUAUAUAUGGAAAAAUUACUACUAGCGCACAAUCCCAUCGAAAUUAUCUAUCCAGAAGCGUUUUUGGGCGUGAGAAAAGUGAAGCUACUAGAUAUGGAAGAUACUGUAAGCGAUUUAGAGCCAAAAGUAUUCCAAGAACUACAUUUACUAGAAGUGUUGCAACUAAAUAAAAAUACAUUAACAAGAAUAAAACCUGGUACUUUUGAUGGUUUGUACAACUUGAAAAUAUUGGAUUUAAGCGAAAACAAUCUUCAAUCCGUCAAUAACUCCUUCGAUCCUUUGAUUAACUUAAGGAUACUCAAUUUAAAGAAUAAUCACAUCAAACAGAUUUACGGCGAUGAAUUUAUUCAAUUAAAAAGUUUAUAUUUGCUUAAUUUAGAAAACAACGGCUUGUAUAAUUUCACUAGUAAUAUGCCAGCUGAUAAUCAAAUGAGGAUCAUUAAUUUAUCAUUUAACAACCUAUCUGCCGACAGUUUCGCACCUAAUACAUUCAGCAAUUUAAAUUCAGUGGAAGAGUUGAAUUUGAAUAAUAAUAACUUGGGAGAUAUACCAGUUGGGCUGUUCCGAGGACUAUACAAAUUAACGACGUUAAAUCUAAAUGAUAAUUCUUUAACUGAAAUAAACACGGGAAGGUUUACGGGGUUACCACAUUUGAGAGUUUUGAAUGUUUCUAGAAAUAAGAUUCGUUUGUUAAAAGUAACAGGUCGAUUUGCUCUACCCAGUUUAAUAACGUUAGACGUGUCGGAUAACGAAAUAGUCGAUGUAGAUUACAUGAAUUUGAUUUUGAGGACGCCGAGAUUGAAGCACAUAGAUCUUCGGGAUAACAAGCUUUCUUGUAAGACGAUUGCUCAAUUGGAAGCUCUUCUAGAAACCGACAGCGUCACUUUCUAUAUAACUAAUACAACUGUAUGUCCUAAAUUGGUCGACGAAGAAGUUGUUAAAUUAAUCGAUACGUUUACCGAAAAGCUGGACUCUAAUUACGUUAAUAAUAAUGUUAUGAUAUGGAUGUUUGUAUUAAUGACCGUUGCAAUUUUGUUAAUUGGAAUAAUGUUUUAUAUACAGAUCUUCAUUUUAAGAUUUAUGAUACCUGGUGUUAAUGUGAAUAAUUUUGGUUAUAGAAGAAAUACAGAACAAGUGUAAGAUCUUUAAGAAAUAAAAUUUCUUUUCUAUAAAA